UUACUUCCGUGUGAAAUGUAUGAAUGACUCCAACAUCCCUGUGUAGUUCUUGCUAACCAGUAGGAGCAACAGCAUCUCAGUGGAGCUGGUUCACCGACAGCUACUGCUGCCAUUAAGUGACUCCAAAUGGAUUAUACUGCAACUCAAAGCGGGUUCAGACAGCGUAAGUUACAGCCAAAUAUGCGUCUCAGGAAUAACUCGCCGGAUGGUUCAGAAGGCAACCAGCUGUUUGAGGAUACAAGUGGGGCUGCACCUGGACCAAACACAGGGUACAGUAACCAGCAGGCCGGGCCUCAGGCAGCAGGGUUUACUGGUGAGGCCUUCCUGUCAGACCCCAUGUCUAACCUGGCCAUGGCAUAUGGCAGCUCACUGGCCUCCCAGGGAAGGGAAAUGGUGGACAAGAAUCUGGACAGGUUCAUCCCAAUUUCCAAGCUGAAAUAUUACUUUGCUGUGGAUACAGUGUACGUGGGGAAGAAGCUGGGCCUUCUAGUUUUCCCUUACAUGCAUGAGAACUGGGAGGUGAGCUACCAGCAAGACACUCCUGUGGCUCCACGCUUUGAUGUAAACGCUCCUGAUCUCUACAUUCCCGCCAUGGGCUUCAUCACAUAUGUCCUGGUGGCUGGACUGGCCCUCGGCACACAGAACAGGUUUUCUCCGGAGCUGCUGGGAGUUCAGGCCAGCUCAGCGUUGGUCUGGCUGAUUAUGGAAGUCCUGGCAGUCCUGCUGUCACUCUACCUUGUGACUGUUAACACCGACCUCACAACCAUAGACCUUCUGGCUUUUUCUGGCUACAAAUAUGUUGGGAUGAUCGUAGGAGUAGUAGCAGGCCUGUUGUUUGGGAGGCCAGCAUAUUAUCUCUCUCUACUGUGGUGCUGUGCUGCCAUCUUUGUCUUUAUGAUUCGCACCCUGCGUCUGAAGCUGUUAUCUGAGGCGGCGGCGGAGGGGAGGCUAGUCCGAGGAGCCAGAAACCAGCUGAGGAUGUACCUCACCAUGUCUAUAGCAGCUGCACAGCCCAUCUUCAUGUACUGGCUCACCUACCACCUCAUCAGAUAAAACCUGGAACACGCACUCAUUUUGUUGAAAAUUAACUCUGCUGGCCCCUUAAAAACACAUACUCACACACACGUACAUCAGAAAAGCUGGACUUGGAUACAACGGCCGCAGUUGUCUGAAACAUAUCUCACCACUUCCAGGAGAUAAAGACAGGACACACUCAAGACUCACUCCGUGUAUUCAUGGAGCAAAACAACACAUGCUACAAGAUGAUUAGGAGAGGAUGUGAGGCGGUAUUGCCUGACCUCUCACAGCACAGCCCCGUGUCAUUAGUGUUGCCUUGUUUUUGUUUUUGUUUUGUUUUUUGUAUGUAUGUAAUGUCAAACAUAUGUAGCAACAGCAAGUGGCUUUAAGUUGUUUUUCUAUAUUUUGUAAUUAUUUGUUAAUUAUGUUUUUUAGGAAUAUUUAAGUGUAUGUGUGUACAGCAGAAGAAUUAUUGUCGAUGUUGCUCUGGUCUGAUAUCUCGUGAUUGUUUUUCAGAGCCAACUUUAAAGAAAGCACACUCGCCUCUACACCGUCCAUUUAAUGACGACAAAGAACUCAAAUUCAGGUUGAAAAGCGAUCAACUGGCUCUGUUUCAGUGUUUGACUAAUGUUUAUUUCAUGGCUGGGAGGAAUACCUGUUCUGUCGUUGGUGGAUCUGGAAACAAGGGUUGUCUAACUGUAAGUGUGGGUGUAGCACCAACACCUCUUUUAUCUGUUUAAUCUUUUUGUAUGUGCUUUGAUACAUGUAUGAGCUUUGCUGCCUGACUUGAAUAGAAAUAAUAACUGUGUUUAAGCCACGAUAUGGGGAUUUAGAUCCUGUGAUGAAUUGUUGACUUUGAUAUCCUUUUUAAAAAAUAAUUAAAUUAUUUACUGCUUUUCAUAUUGAAAGUCGGAUGGAAUAAAGGAAGGGAAGUGAUGGUCUGUUCUGUGAAAAUUGUUUAAGUCCCCUUUGAGAUACUUGAAAUAUUUGUCAAAAAUACUUUCUUGGGCUUCAAUGUGCUUGUAAAUUAUCUAGUGUCCCCAUGUCCCAAUUUUUUAAUGUAGCCAAUGUUAACUCAAAUGAAGCUUCACAUUUUGCCUAAUUAAUUCACUUAACUAUUCACAAUUCAUCGUUUUUUCUCUCAACUGAAACUUAUGCUUAUUGAUGAAUGUUUAAGCACUGAUUUCAGUCAACUGAGAUGCCAAUGCAACCUUUUCCCAAAUACUUUGACAAAAUUUGACAAUUUUAAGAUUUUAUAACACAGCAGGUCAUUUACUUUUUCCUUGUUGAUAGAUUUAUCAUGGAUGGAUCUCAAUUUUGACUGUCUAAGUAGGCUGAAAGCAAACGGAACAAAUAAAACCAAGCCACUGAAAUGAUAUGACGACUGUUAAAUAAAGUCUGACUGAUGGAGAUAA